GAGAGCAAGUCCUAUUUAAGACUCCUCAAGCGCCCUUCAGUCAUCGCCUGCCUAUUCCAGUUGGAAGAAUUAGCAGCUUUUUGCGUACGACAAACAGGGAAAGAACAUCAAAAGCACUACAAAUAUCGAGCGGUUCUUAAAUCUGAAGCGCGAGCUCCUGCUUUCACAGGUGUUGCAGAGUCCCAACUCUUUAGAGAGGGUUUGUUUUGACACCUCGGAGAGAGGGGAGACGCGCACUAGGGCAUCCGGAGCUGAUUGCCUCCCCCCCGCGACUUAAUUAGCAUCCCGACCGCCAGCUGCAUAGCCGCUGCUGCUACGCGCCGGGCUGGAAAGUGUAGACUAUAGGAGUCUCCGAGCGCUCAAAUAAAAAGCCACGCGGCGGAACAAGUAAGCCCUUCCAUUCUGGAUUACUUCGUUCGAUUCCUGUCCGUCGGGAUGAGACUAAAGAGGAACGGCUCGUACACGCUGCACAGGAAGUCUAAAACAAAGCCAAAUGGUAAGAAACCAGCAACAGAGGAGAAAAAGCUCUAUUUGGAGAGUGAAUACACCAAAGCCCGGGUCUCAGAUUUCAACCUCAAGGAGCUGGUAACAUUACCCAGAGAAAUUGAUCUCAAUGAAUGGCUAGCGAGUAACACGACAACUUUCUUCAAUCUCAUUAACCUCCAGUAUAGCACAAUCUCAGAAUUUUGUACUGGAGAAACCUGUCAAGCCAUGACAGCCUGUAAUACGCAGUACUACUGGUAUGACGAAAGGGGAAAGAAAACCAAGUGCACAGCCCCACAGUAUGUCGAUUUUGUCAUGAGUUUGGUGCAGAAACUGGUUACAGACGAAGACAUAUUUCCCACAAAAUAUGGAAAAGAAUUUCCCAAUUCAUUUGAGUCAUUAGUCAAGAAGAUCUGUAAAUACUUAUUCCAUGUGCUGGCACACAUCUACUGGGUUCACUUUAAGGAGACUGUGGCACUGGACCUUCAGGGACAUUUAAACACGCUAUAUGCACAUUUCAUUGUAUUUAUAAGGGAAUUUAAUUUGGUGGACCCAAAGGAAACCUCCAUCAUGGAUGACCUCACAGAGGUCCUCUUUAGCAACUCUUCCUCUGCACAGAACCAUGUCAAGGAGAGAUGAACCUCCCACACAGAUGCCCAGGAGUGAGAGUCAAGAUAUGAAAGAAAUGGCAGAAUCAUCCAGUGAAUAAAGAAAGGAAACCAGACAGUAGACCUUACAAUCAAAUGUUUCAAAAACUAAAAAUGUUAAAAGACUAAGCAAGAACAGAAUUUUCAUCCAUACUAGAAACCGAGAAAGCUUUCCCAUGGCACUUCAGCCUGCCUGUCAGCCAACUCUUAGGAUCCACACAUGUACAGUUUUAUUUUUUCAGUCUCUUUUCUUUCAUUUGUGUGUUUUUGUUCUGCUUUCCUUGUUUUUGUCCAGGAAAGUGUUUAUUUACUGUUUAUUUUGACCCUUUUUUUUAUUUAGUUCACAGAUUAGAAUGGUGCUAGUGCCAUUUUUAAUGUAUUAUUUGUUAAUAUUAUAUGAAACGAAUGACUUUGUUUUUAACUGUAGUUAAUUUUGCUUGAAAACCAUUAUGCAGAUGAUGGACAGGAUAGUUUAAUGGAUGCGCAGUAAGUUGUGGCUGGCACACAUGCUAUUCUUUAUAUACCUAUAAAGUGGACAUGGGAGAGAAUUUUGUAAACCAACUGCUAAUUAUCACCUCAGUUAGCUCUUUAUUUGCCGAUUUUGGUCAGAUUUCAUUGGUCAAGGUCUGGUUUCAUAGCAGGAGUAGUGAUUGGGCAGGCAAAAUCCACGUGAAUGCAAGUGGAAUAGGAAGUUACUUCAGAGAAUGAAUAAUGUUUAAUGGGUGUACAGGGGGCAAGAACUUCCUUUUUGCAAAUCAGAGCCCCCAGUGCAGUUUUUUGGAAAAAAGCUGAGAUGAGCUGGUAGAGAAGAAAUGGGCACUUUAAGUUUGCACCCUUCUUUUCUUGGGUUCCCUUGACCUUAUUUGGUUGCUGCUUUAUAGAAAACAGGCAAGCUGAGGACAAAGACAUUGCUCUGUCUGCAAACCUUCAUACUUUCUAAUGCAUUUGGUGUGUUCUGAUUCAAGGAAAGCAUCAUGGCCAUCACUCAGUACUGAAACCAUAAAUCUGACAUAUUGUCUUGUUUACCUUUAAAAUAACAGAUACAUCAGAAUUACUUACUUUCCAUAUUUGUCUGUAUAUUUUGUUUAAUAGGAGACUCACUAAGUUUACAUUUUUUUAAUUAAUCCUUUCUAAUGGAAACCUUUUUCAUUUUGAGUUUCUAAAGGUAGCUGAAAUGGCUUGGUUCUGUCCCUGAUGUAAGAUUAACGUCCCAACAGUAGAAGGCUGAAUGCUUGCUUAUCUCUUGCUUUUUAAUAUUUUUUAACUUAAUACUGCCUUCAGCACCCUGGUGGUGAAUUCUAACAAUGUGCAAUAAGAGGAAAGAGGAGGGAAGUUUCUUUUUGUACACAGUGUUUCAAGUAUCAUGCCUUCUUUGCAAAUAGGGUAAUAAAAACUAUUUUAAUCGUGUUCAAAUAGAUUUAUAUGAAGUAAUCUAUCUUUGCACUUUUUAUAUUUGAAGAUUUUUUUUUUUUAUUUUAUUUUUUUUUUUUUGUUUUGCCUUUCCCUCUUUCGUAUUUGCAUAAAUUAAGAUAUUAAGAUCCUCCAGGAUCCAGUGGUCAACACAGCCAUUUGUAAUAUUUACAGAGAAAACACUUUGAAAAAGAUUCUGUCUCCAAGUCCUUGCAUUAAUAUUACUUUAUUUGAUUGGAAUUUGAUCAUUUCACCUUCUUAAAGCGGAAUUUUUGUCUUUGAAAUGCAAGAACCCUUUUCAUUUAUGAGCGUUUAUAAUGAUUGCA